AAAGUGAAUUUCGCAGUAGCUUAUCUCGGACAAACAAGCAGUAUUAAAGUCAUAUUUGCCCUGCAGUAAUAAAUAAUCCACGAGCAUGUCCCCUUAUUAGGUAAUGGUGGCACUGAUUCAGCUGUGCCUUAAUUGUGUUUCCCUGGGGCACAUAAUAUUAUCGCUAUUGGAGAACAAAUAAAGCACGGUUUGUCUUGUGAAUAUUUAUAGUUUGUACACGGAAGAAGGUCAUUGCUUCAUUUUCUGCACAUCAUGAAUCCAUAUGGUCUCUGAGUAAUUGUGCCAGCCUCGUUUUAGUCAGACGGUCCCUAACCGGAGGAGGCAGUCUGAGUAGCUGAUGCUGGAUCGCGGAGCGGCAGCAGCAGCUCAGUCAGUCCGUCGCUGCGGUCCAUCAGAGCGGAGCGGCUGGUCAUCAACAUCCUCCUCAACGUCCGCGGAACUCAGCUGGCCGGAACGCUGCUCUGUGGUUCCGAGCCGUGCUGCCCCCGCAGCCGGUCACGACAGCGGCGUUGGAACCUUCGUGGACAUGAGGACAGCGUCUAAAAGGUGGACCGGGAAUCCCGCACGGCUUCUUUUUUCGCAGAGCGAACGAGAAAGAUUCACCAUGACCCGUUCCGUCCCGACCAGUCGCUUCUUUGCCGAGGCGCCUCGUUCCCCUUUUGCUUCCCGACGCCCCAACGCAGGGAUGAGAUAAUAACGCCCAGCAGCCGACGCAUGCCGCUACACCACCACCACCUCUGUGGCACCUGGAAACCAACACCCGCCCCUCUGCCCCGCCCCGCCCCCUCCCCCAAGUUGACUCUUUAACCCGACCCAGAAACUAUGACGACGCCGGCUCUGCUGCCGCUGUCGGGCCGCAGGAUACCCACUCUGUCGCCAGGCGCCUCCUCCUUCACGCACCACAGAGCCACGUUGAGGCUGUCGGAGAAGUUCAUCCUCCUCCUCAUUCUCAGUGCCUUCAUCACCCUAUGCUUCGGGGCCUUCUUUUUCCUCCCGGACAACUCCAAGCACAAGCGCUUUGACCUGGGCUUGGAGGAUGUGCUCAUCCCGCACAUCGACUCGCCCAAAGAGGGGAAGCACGGCUCAGGGCAGGUGAUAAUUCACGGACAGGGAGGACACGACGAGAACAGGCACAGGGAGGAGGAGGAGAGCCUACGCAAUAAGAUUCGCGCCGACCACGAACGAGCGCUGCAGGAGGCGAAGGAGAAGCUGCGCAAGUCUCGCAAGGAGGUGAAGGCCGAGAUCCAGACGGAAAAGGCCAAAAUCAUCGAGGACCUGAAGAAAAAGGAGGCGGGGCCCAAACCCUUACCGCCCGUCCCCAUGCCCAAGGUCGUCGGAGUCAGCGACGGGGAGCCGCCUGAGGCAGACGCCAAGGAAAAGCGGGAUAAGAUCAGAGAGAUGAUGAAGCACGCUUGGGACAGCUACAGGCAAUACGGAUGGGGUCACAACGAGCUGAAGCCCCUCGCUAAGAAAGGACAUUCCACAAAUAUCUUCGGUAAUUCCCAGCUCGGGGCGACCAUCGUGGACGCCUUGGACACCCUGUACAUCAUGGGUCUACAUGAAGAGUUCAAGGACGGCCAGGAGUGGAUCGAGCAGAAUCUGGACUUCAGUGUGAAUGCCGAGGUGUCUGUAUUCGAGGUCAACAUUCGGUUCAUUGGGGGACUCUUAGCAGCGUACUACCUCUCUGGACAGGAAGUGUUCAAAGUCAAGGCGGUCCAGCUGGCAGAGAAGCUCAUCCCUGCCUUCAACACCCCAACUGGGAUUCCCUGGGCCAUGGUCAACCUGAAGAGCGGCGUUGGUCGUAACUGGGGUUGGGCGUCGGCCGGCAGCAGCAUCCUGGCUGAGUUUGGGACCCUCCACAUGGAGUUCGUCCACCUCACCUACCUGACUGGGAACCCGGUUUACUACCAGAAGGUGAUGCACAUCCGCAAGCUGCUAGCUAAGAUGGACCGACCCAACGGCCUCUACCCAAACUACUUAAACCCUCGCACAGGCCGCUGGGGCCAACAUCACACCUCGCUGGGAGGACUGGGCGACAGCUUCUACGAGUACCUGCUGAAGGCGUGGCUCAUGUCCGACAAAACCGACACGGAAGCCCGCAAGACCUACGACGACGCCAUCGAGGCCAUCGAACGCCACCUCAUCCGCAAAUCCAACGGCGGGCUGACGUUCAUCGGCGAGUGGAAGAACGGCCACCUGGAGAGGAAGAUGGGCCACCUGGCCUGCUUCGCCGGCGGCAUGUUCGCGCUGGGCGCCGACGGCUCGCCGGACGACAAGGCCGGCCACUACCUGCAGCUCGGUGCAGAGAUCGCCCACACCUGCCACGAGUCCUACGACAGGACAGUCCUGAAGCUGGGCCCAGAGGCCUUCAAGUUCGACAGCGGCCUGGAGGCGGUGGCCGUGCGGCAGAAUGAGAAGUACUACAUCCUGCGGCCGGAGGUCAUCGAGACCUACUGGUACAUGUGGAGGUUCACCCACGACCCCAAAUACAGGCAGUGGGGCUGGGAGGCGGCUCAGGCCAUUGAUAAGUACUGCCGGGUCAGUGGAGGCUUCUCCGGAGUGAAGGACGUCUACUCGUCCAACCCGACCUACGAUGACGUGCAGCAGAGCUUCUUCCUCGCCGAGACGCUCAAGUACCUGUACCUGUUGUUCUCCAGUGACGACCUGAUGCCGUUCGAGAGCUGGGUCUUUAACACCGAGGCCCACCCGCUGCCCGUCCUCCACCUGGGCAACAUCACCCUGCCCGGCAGCGAGCCCGCUCAGCGGUAGACGCACAUGCCCGCCUCCUCCUCUUCCUCUUCCUCCUCCACAGCACCAGGGGGCGCCACCUUUCUGCUCAACCCUGCCCACCAACCCCAUCCAACACUGGACAAACUUCCAUGGGAACUCUUCAUCUGCGUCCGGACUGCAGACAUGAGCCAGAGGAGACGGAGAGACCGCAGCCCAGAGGAACGGACUGAUUCUCUGGAUCUCCCUCUCUUCUUCUUCUUCUUCUCCUAUUUCUGUGUCCUCCUCUCUGACUCUCACUAUAGAUCCGUGUGUUUGUUGCUUCAACCAGACGGACGGUGGGUGUGCUGCUCAGCCUUUUCUCGGCUCUGAAUCAAAGAGCUCCAAAUGAGAGGCUUUAUUUUUGUUUUUUUAAUUUGAUUUGACCAAACGUCCUCCAUACUGACUCGAGCCGAGGCCCUAGGAGUGCAAACUGAAGGAUUACAGAAAUGGACACUUGAAGGGUUUGUUUCCCCUCCA